AUGUCUUCAGAGGAAAAAGACAAAAGGUCGGACUGCAUAGCUAAUGAAGACGGUGAGAGGCAAAUACCAACAAUGGUGGCUUUUUCUGGAGAAGAGGAGCUCACGGGAACUCAAGCUAAAGUUCAGUUGCUUAGUAAUUCGAAGAAUACCAUCACCCAAUUUCGUAAUUUUAUUGGGAAAAGUUUCGCCGAGUGCAAAUCAUUAGCGUCAAGUGGAACGGCUCUGUUGGUAGACAAAGAUGGCGAGCCCGCAUACGCCGUAGAGUUUAAAGAACAAGAGGCAAUCUUCACGGUUAAGGAGAUCACCACAAAGUACAUUGCUAGUCUCCGCGAGAGCGCCGAAAACUUUUUAGGCCAGCCUGUUGCCGGUUCAGUUCUCGCAAUUCCUACCUACUUUACGGAUUCGCAACGCGAAGCCUUGAAAGUAGCCACCGAAAAUGCGGGAUUACGUGUGUUGCAAUUGAUCAAUGAACCUACAGCGGCAGCGUUGGCAUACGGUGUAGGACAACAAUCGCUGACACUAAAUCAAUACCAUGACGGUAAUAUCAUUAUUCUUGAUCUGGGAUCGGAUAGUUUCGAUGUCACGGCCAUGUCCGUUCGUUCAGGGAUGUUCACGAUAUUGGGAACCAUGCACGACGCAAAUCUUGGGGGCGCCGCGUUUGAUGAGCUCCUUGCGAGUCACUUCGCGAGUGAAUUCAAGCGUAAAACAAAGAUCGACAUGUCACAAAACAAGCGAGCUAUGACCAAGCUGAGAAGUGCGGUCGAAAUUACAAAAAAAACCCUGUCUAGUAGCACAUCAUCACCGUGUUCAAUUGAGUCAUUGGCUGAAGGUGUUGACUUCCAUGGGACCAUCAACAGGACUAGAUUUGAAAUUAUGGCAAAUAAACUUUUUAACAGAAUUUCCGACGUUAUAAUGGAAGCUUUGAAAAACAAUGAAUUGGAACCUCAUCUGAUUAGCGAGGUAAUUCUUGUGGGAGGUGCUUCUCGCAUUCCAAAAUUUCAAUCCGUGAUUAGAGAUAUAUUCGUCAAUCCGGACACCAUCAUUCGGCAAGAUCUCGAGCCAGAUGAAGUGGUAGCUUAUGGAUGCGCCUUUCAAGGUUCCCUGAUUGCCAACUUAAGCGAUCAGGAAAUUAAGGAGAUCUCUAAUACCACCACCAUAUCCACGCCACACUUGUCAAAACCUAUUGGAAUUGUAAAUGCCACGGAGAAAUUUGUGACCAUUAUACCGGAAAACACGCCGUUGCCUGUGCGUCGCGUGUAUACGUUCUCAAACGCGUUCGAGAAUCAAAAAGAAUUUUAUCUCUCCAUAUGGCAGGGUGCGUACAAGAGAAAACCCGUGAAUUCUCAGCAAGUGGAAAUGGACCGAACUGCGGAUGAUGAAGAGUCGAAUAAUCUUCCACAGGUAGUCCCCAUAAUAGAACCGGAAAAAUUAAUAGCGGAAAUAGUGAUGAACGGUUUGCUUCCGAAAAAGAGCGGUGAGCUCAAAAUAGAAUUUAUCAUAGAAGUCGAUGUCAACAACAAAUGCACCAUGAUAGCAAAAGAAUUGACAAUAGAUAAUGUUAUUGAACUGACGGUUGAUGGAAUUAGUUAA